AUGGAGAGUAUGCGUCCCCGAGAUCUGACCCUUGAGUAUGUGGUUGGAAGAUUGACCGAAGAAGCAGAAAGAAGGUCAGACAGACAGGCUGAACUCCAAGAGCGGAGGAGUUACAGCCGAGGGGGCCAGCAGCAGAAUCUGCCAAUGGGGCAACGCCAAGUUUGGGACUUGGGCAUGGCGGUGAGGAGAUGCUAUAGAUGCAGCCAAGCCGGGCAUCUCCAAUGUCAAUGCAGGGCAAGACCUCCAGGAGACGACAUGGAGCAGAGACAGCAAUUGAUGCAGAAAUGUAAGCAGAAGGGGUUCUCUUCAGGGAAGAAGAACACGCAUUCUGCUCAUCUUGUGUCAGCAUUUUCUCAAGAGGAGAGGAAGAUACCUCGAGGAACAUGGUUGCUGGACUCUGGUAGCAGCAGGAUUAUCUGCAACAGUAGGAAGGACUUUAAGACCCUGGGGAAGCCAGCUGAUGGAAAAGACUCAAUCUAUCUUGCUGAUGGUCGUAGAAGCAAGAUUGAUGGCCAGGGAACAUGUUUCCUGCAGUGCUUCAACACUACUCUACCAGAGACUCUGUUUGUCAGCAGUUUGGACUAUUGUUUACUGUCUGUAAGCUGUUUGAUUAAUGCAGGGUAUAGUGUUAAGUUCACGCAGGAUGGUUGUCUGAUAAAGAAUGGAACUCAGGUAUGUGGCCAUGCAAAGUUGGAAAAUGGGUUAUAUGUAAUGCAGGACAAGCCUGUUAAAGCAGCCCAGGUGGUUCAGGAUAAUUUGCCAGUUCAUAAGGGGUGUGUACAUGAACUGCACAGAAAACUGGGUCACGCCAAUUUCCAUGUGCUUUCAGAGAUGCAAAAGGUGUGCAAGAACCUAAAAGUAAAUAGCUGUAACUGUUUCCUAGAUUGCAAUGUAUGUAAAAUGGCCAAAUCUAAGAGGAAGCCUAUGGCUUCUAAAAGUGACAGAGUAUCUAAAGAGGUUUUACAACUUGUCCAUUGUGACGUGAUAGGCCCUUUUCCACAGAAGACUGAAGGGGGCGCCAGAUAUGCUUUUCUGGUAACAGAUGAUAAAUCACGUUUUAGUUGGUUGUUUUUGUUAAAGCAGAAAUCGGAGUGUUUCCCCACAUUCAGAGAAUGGGUUGCCCAAGCUGAAAAGCUCUUUGCUCGCCCUGUUGUGCAGUUGCAAACAGAUAGGGGUGGAGAUUUUCUGAACAAACAAUUUGGAGCAUGGUUGCGACGUAAGGGGAUCACUCACCGUUUGACUAACCCUUAUACCCCUGCUGAAAAUGAUCUGUGUGAAAGACGUGGGGCUGUAAUACAGUCAGUAAAGGAUUGCCUGCUAGUGGAUGCAGGAUUGGGUAACAACCAUAGGCUGUGGGGUGAGGCUUUCCUUACAGCAAACGUUUUGAUUAAUAGAACCUGGUCUAGCUCUAUAAAAGAUAUUCCUUAUUGUGUGUUGUUUGGGAAAGAACCAGAGUGGACAAUGCUCCAUAACUGGGGUUCUUGGGCACAUGUAAAUAUUCCCAAAGCUCAGCGCCAGAAAGGGGGCGCUAGAGUGCAGAGACUGCGGUUUGUGGGAUAUCAGCCCUAUGGCAAAGGGUGGCAUUUCAAUUUACGCCCAGAACGCGUGGUUCUGUCAUGA